AUGGACAUACAGUUUGUUCUAGAUCCAUUCAGUUGUAUUGUGUAUGUUGUGUCAUACAUAUCAAAAGCGGAGAGAGAGAUGGGCAUGCUUUUGAAGCAGACUAAGAUUGAAGCCAGUGAAGGAAACUUGAAUGCUAAAGAAACAAUGAAAAAAAUCGGAUCAGCUUAUUUAUCUCACCGUGAGGUUAGUGCUCAAGAAGCAGUAUUUCGGAUUUGCAAUUUGAGAAUGAGAGAGUGCUCCAGAAAAGUAUUAUUUGUCCCAGUUGGUGAAAACCCGACAAGGUUGAGCAAACCACUGUCACAAUUGACCAAGAAAAAAGGAAAUGACCAUGAAGCUAGAGACUAUGAUUCGGACAAUCAGGAGGAAGAGGAAGAUGAUAUAUGGAUGACAAAUAUUGUUGAGCGAUAUCAACAAAGACCUGCCUGUGACCCAUUUCCAAAUAUGUGUUUAGCUACCUUCUGCUCUGAAUACAGAGUCCUGUCUAAAUCACAAAUUCCAAAAACGAAAAAAAAAGGAAUUUAUAUGUUGCAAAACGGCAAAGGUUUUGUAAAGAGAAGAAGUAAAACGGAUCCUGCUGUCAUUCGGUAUCCAAGAUUUAAUACUGAGAAAGACUCUGAAAAACAUUACCAAUCUCUGCUGCAGUUGUACUUGCCAUACAGACAAAUGACUCAUCUUAAGCCCCCAGGAUUUGACUUGUACAGGGCAUUUUAUGAAACUGGGUAUGUUUCCCUAGAAAAAUCUGACAAAUUGGAGUCUGUAAAACAAAUAGUAGACUCAAAUUGGGCACAAUUUGCUAUCAGUGAGCAGCUGCUAGAUGAAGCUCAACAAAUAUAUGAAACGAUUGGUGAUGUUGAAGAUGCUUGGGCUACACUAUGUCCAGAAACAGAAGUUGAAAGAGAAAAUUGUGACAUUGAAAGAAGAAAGAACCAGGCUGAUAACCAGGCUGAAUUCGUGGCUGACCUUGAAAACUGUGAAAGUAAAUGUAAUAUUCCCUAUACAGUGACGGUUAUGAACAGUGUCAAGGAACAAAUGAUACCUUUGUUAAGAUCGCUAAAUGCUAAGCAGAAACACAUUUUCUAUUGUUUGAGAGAGUGGUGUUUAAAGAAAGCUUCAGGAAAGAAACCAAACCCAUUCCACUUAUUUGUGACAGGGGGAGCAGGAACUGGUAAGAGUCAUCUUAUAAAAACCAUCAAUUAUGAGGCCUCCAGAAUAUUAACAAAAGUCAGUCCCGGACCAGAAGAUACUACAGUUUUGUUGACAGCGUUUACUGGAACUGCUGCAUUUAAUAUAGGUGGUUGCACACUUCACCAUGCAUUUUCCUUGAAUAAGUUCAUGCCAAUUCCUUAUGAACCUUUGAAAGAGCAAAGUUUAAGUCAGAUCCGUACUAAACUGGAGAAUUUGCAAAUACUGGUCAUUGAUGAAGUUUCCAUGGUUUACAAGAAACUUCUGUACUACAUCCAUGAAAGACUAGUACAAAUAAAAAAAAAUAAGGAUCCAUUUGGAGGUGUGUCUAUACUAGCUGUUGGAGAUUUCUUUCAACUCCCACCGGUAAAACAAAGCAGAGCGGAAUGGUUGUUCAAAGAGAAUCCAUGUUAUCCAUGUGACUUUUGGAAUGAAUAUUUCCAACUAGUGGAAUUGGAUGAGAUCAUGCGUCAAAGAGAAGAUCUAGAAUUUGCUGAAAACCUCAAUCGUUUGCGCACUAGAACUUCUAAUGAAGAAUUAGGAGAACAUGUUUUACAAAUGCUGAAACGCUGUGUCAGAGGUGGAAACGAAAAUUCCUUGCAUGUGUUUGCAACAAAUGCUGAAGUAAAUGAGCACAACCUGAAAAUGAUAAACAGUUCGUGUACAGAUUUACGGGAAAUAGUGGCAAAAGAUUUUGAGAGGGAUAAAACAAGCGGUAAAAUGACAUUAAGGGAAAAACCCUUUGUGCGACAUAAGACAGAUGGGAUGUCAAGUUUACUUUCUCUAUCAGUCAAUGCAAGGGUAAUGUUAAUUCGCAACAUUGAUAUGUCAGAUGGACUAGUGAAUGGUGUUAUUGGAACGGUCUUGGAAAUCUCAGAAGAAUCCAAUGGAGACAUCAAAUCAAUAACAGUUUCCUUUGACAACAAAAAAGUUGGAGAAAAAACUGGAUUUAAGAGAGGUUCAUAUUUUGCUGUUCAGAUUCAUAGAUGUGAGGAAGAAAUGAAAACAACAUCAAACAAAAGUUUCAGAAGACAUCAAUUUCCUCUUCGACUAGCAUGGGCUUGCACGGCACAUAAAGUCCAAGGAUUGACAACAACAGAAAUAGCUGUUGAUUUAAAUAAAGUGUUUUCUGCUGGCCAAGCAUACGUUGCAUUAAGCAGAGUUACCUCUGAAGAUGGUUUAAGUAUCUCAGUUUCAAAUGAUGGUGUGUUAAAGAGCAAAAUCUAUGCUGAUAAGGAAGUGUCUGAAGCUCUGUCAAAAAUGCCGCGGUUUUUCACUGAGAAUAACAAGGAUUUGUUGGAUAACAAGUGUGUCAGAAAAAUAAUUUUGCACAAUAUUCAGAGUCUUCGCCAACAUUUUAAUGACAUGGCACAUGAUUGCAGAUUUAAAGACACAGAUGUGAUCUGCCUAACUGAAACUUGGUUGUCAAAUGUCGACCCGUUAGAGAAUUUCCAUUUGGAAAAAUUCCAUCUCCAUCACCUGACAAGAAGUGAAGCUUAUGAAGAAGCAGAUGAGAUGUUCAGUAAGUUAAAGAGGUCAAAAGGAGGUGGCAUUGCUGUGUAUUUAAAAGAUACAUGCAAUAUCACACGAAAGGAGCUUCCAGUUCAAAACAUUGAGGGAAUUCUGUUAGAAGAUCACUUGAAUAGCAUUAUAUAUGUUGUUCUCUACAGGCCCAAUGUAUAUGCUUUGCAAAAAUUUCAAAUGAACUUAGAAAUGCUGCUAAAAUCAUUGGAUAAGAAAACAGAGGACAAGGUGGUGAUGGGAGAUUUCAAUGAAAAUAUAUUGGCUUCCAAUAUUUCAACGAUCAAACUCAUGAAAAGCUAUGGGUAUCAACAGGCAGUAGAUUUUCCAACUACUGAAAAUUCUACACUUAUUGAUCAUGUUUACACAAAACUUCAGAUGACAAAAAUUCAAACAACACCGUUGCCAACAUAUUAUAGCUACCAUGAAGCUAUCUCCAUGAACCUUUAUAAUGCAACAUGA